AUGAGUUAUAAUUACGGUCAACAAAACCCGUACGCGCAGCAGAACACAGGGUACAACAACGACCAAUAUGGCCCGUCUAAUUAUCAGGGCCAGGGCCAGCAAAGUGGCAACGGAGGGUACGAAAUGGCACCACUCAAUGGACAGCCGUACCAGCAGGCUACAAACCCUCAGGUUUUCUUCGGCAGAAUCGCCGAACUCCGACAGAUGGAUGAGGACAUCAACAGCAGAAUCUCCGAUCUCGAGAGGCUCCAGAGUGAAUCCCUAGGCCAUGUCGAUGAGUCUUCGUCGGCCGAGGCAACGCGCCAUAUCGAUGCUCUCGUGGCUGAAAUCUCCACAAUGAACCGAGCCAUGGCCGGCAAGAUCCGUCAACUUAAGACCGAAGCUCUCCACGACCAGGAUAAGGCGAACCAGGUCGGCCCUCUUGAGAGGAAAUUCAAGCAGACCUUGACCAACUACCAACAGAUCGAAGUCGCCUACCAGAAGAGGUCGAGGGAACUACUUGUUCGACAAUAUAGGAUUGCCAAUCCAAACGCUACCGAGGAUCAGAUCAGAGACAUCCAGGAGGCCGACCCCAAUGCACAGAUCUUUACUCAAGCUACUAUGCAGGGUAACCGAACAGGUGCUGCCAGAUCCGCUCUUGCCGAAGUCCGCAGCCGACACAAUGAUAUCCAGAAGAUCGAGAAGACCAUGGUUGAACUCGCCCAACUCUUCGAGGAUAUGAACAGGCUUGUUGAAGAACAAGGCGAAGUAGUUAAAGAGAUUGAGGAUCACGGUGUCAGGGCGGAGGAAGACACCCGACAAGCAGUUGUGCAGCUCGACACUGCUAUCAAAUCGGCGGAAGGUGCCCGUAGGAAGAAGUGGUGGUGCUUGCUCCUCGUUCUCAUUAUCAUUAUCAUCAUCGUCAUCAUCGUUGUUGCUGUAACACAGCCAUGGAAGAAAUCGUAA